GUUGAACUGAAUUUUGCAGCUGCAUCUUCCAAUGUACCAUGGGAUGCAUCAAAUCCAAGGAUGCCUUUCCGGGUUCAAACGCCAUCCUGGUUGAAGGGCGCAGGGAAGGUAACGAGGGAUGCACUGGGGAGAAAUCAUCGCUGAUAGCAGUGAUGGUGGACGAGAAGGGGCCAUCGAGCACCAUAGUGCUGGACUAUGCGCACCGCCUCUCCCACGAGAUUCUCGAUCAGGCGGUGAAGCAGUGGGCAGUGAGGGAGAGCAAAUACAGCGACAUUCCCUUCAUCGAGAGCGACGUGCCCUGAGCCUUCGCGCACAGUGCUGUGCUGUCUGCUGAGCAGUUCCAUCCGGUACGAGUGCAAAUGAAGUAAAAUCAGCCCUGACUUGAGCAUAGUGCCACUAGCUGAAGGCGUUUGCAAGGAAAGGCUGGAAAAAAAUGCCUUUUAAUCUAUAUUGCUAAGAAAUUACUUGGAUUACACUAAAAUCUGUUAAUCGAGUGUUGUUUGUUAUCAGCCGUAAAUUGAGUGUAGUCUGUCUUCAUGUUGAGUGUGAUCUGAAAUAAGUCUUAAAAAAAAGAGGAGGAAAAUAAUGCAGCUGCCUUGCAACUGAACAAGCACUGCCACCGAGGCCCCAGAGAUGCUUAAGAACAAAGCCCGGGUUAUUUUUAUGUACUGCACAAAAAACCGCACGGCCUGUUGGUAGGUGAAAGUAAGGACUGUAUGCUUGGCAAAUCUGUCUGUGUUCUGCUGAAGUGAAACCAGGUUCUUCUAUGUAGCAAAGGUAACUGCUGUCCUAAGUUUUACUUUUGAUUCUUUGACCAGAAUAAGCCUGUAAGCCACAAAAUAACGAAGGUGACAAGAAGCAUUUUAUGAAACCAAAUAGUAUUCAGGGAACCAUAUGGAUUAUGAUACUUCUCAACUUCCAUUCUGAAUAGAACCAGUGAGAAACAUUACAAUAUUGAUAAACAGUGCAUUAUAAUUAAGGUAACAGAUGCUCUGGCUUCUGUACAUGCAUGAAGUCUAUUCUCUAGAAUCCCGCAGCAAGACAGUUUCACAUCUGAUCACUGUGUUCAAACCAAAGCUGUUUACUUUUUUUGUUGUUGUUGUUGUUACAAUGCUGGGGUUUUGUUUUGCUUUGUUUGUUUGUAUUGUUUGUUGUGUUUUGUUUUGUUUUGUUGUGGGUUUUUGGUGUAGCGAUGUUUUAGGAGCAUUCAUUUCAUGGGAUGAUGGUGGCAUUGCACUGAAAUUUCACUCCAGUGUGACGCCCUGGGGACAGGAUGAGUUCCUUCAGCUCCUGCAGCCUCAUCACGUGCCCAGUGAUAAAACCAUUCGAUGAUGCAAAUACAAACUACAGGAACCUCGAGCCUGAGCAGAGCACUGAGCUAGUGAAUAAGCCUUAGGCCCAACGCUAAAGGGCUACCACAUUCUUGAGCGAUUUUAUGGAGCUUGAGUCCUCACGCUGCGCCCUGCUUCUCCAGGACUUGAAGCCUGACCUACUGCACUCCUAACUGGGGUUUCGUGUACUGAGGAGGAGGUAAAUUAGUCAUUUAAACCUCCAGUGUUGCUGACAUUUUAUACAAAGCACAUGCCUCGUAAGAAGCUUGCUUUUUUUUAGCACCUGUUUGCUCCUUUUUCUGUUACAGCCAAUUUCACAGACGUCGAUUUUUCCUAGAUCAAAGUGCUUUCCAUUUUAUGUUGUCAUUUUAUAAGAAAAAAAUGCUUUCCAUACUGGCAAAAACUGUUACUAUUUUUAAAAGGUACACAUAGUUCUAGUAACUGGUACAAAGUAUGAUUUUCAGGCAAUGGUAAGCGAGCAGAAAGAGGUCUGUUUCAAUGGUUAUUUUUAGCUUAUUCUCACACAUGACCUGAGAGGGAAUGCGGCUCUUUUCCAAACUUUGUGACACAAACUUAAUUACUUGAAAUUCAUUUAGUGAGGAAGUGGUUGUAGCAGGAGUAAGUGGCAAAAAAUACUUUGUAACACAGCACAAGACUGCCAUUAAUUCACACUGACCAGACUAGACCCUGCUCGUGAUGCUGUUCUCAGGCUUUUGCUGAAAAAGGGAAAGAAUCUGCUUAUGUUGUGAAGUCGUCUUCUUUGAAGUCGUAUGUGAAGUGGCCGAGGGCAGUAUGGCUCAUUGAAAUUCUCCUGCUAGCAGCGGUGUUCCUUUAAGCUCUAAAGCAUGUAAAAUGUUGAAUUGUAACUUAUGUUUGCCAUAUCUAAAAAAGCUCCAAGCUAGAUGCAAGAGCAAAUUAAAAAGCAAAAACAAAACAGAGAUUCGAUCAGUAUGUGUUAAUUUGAUGCCGCUUAAACAGAGUAUUAAUGUUCUUAUCUAGCUAAAAGAAAGCUUUAUUACAAAGAAGCUAACCUUUCUGCAACAUUAGUGUUAACUCAAGAGCUAAUGCUGCUGAAGUCAGUAAUUAAAGAAAAAAUAAAAGGCCCCAACUCCCUAGAGGCUGCUUGGCAGCUAGGUGGAUAUAGAUGAGCAUCAGGAAAAUUUACUCACCUAAAUGCACUCACAAGAUUUAGGCACGAUCUGCCUUGCCCUGUGCACAGGUGCCCCAGUGGCUGCCACGGGGAGCUGGAUGCUGCAGCGCCCGGAGCCCUUGCUUUGGGGGUAGCCGUAGCAGGCAGCACUUCUCUGCAGCUCCUCUGCUGCAAGGCUGCGGCUGCAGGGCCCAACAGCAGGCAGAAACAGAAGGUGAAGUAGCCCACAGGUAAGCUGGAGCAUCCAUGCUGAUAAAUACUCAACGUGUCCCCAGAGGAGGAGUUACCUUCUUUGUGUCCUGAAGCACGUGUGACCGUGAGCUUCCACAAAGCUCCUCUUCCCUCACGGGUGCUUGGAGACUGCAGCAGCUCCAGCAGGGCCCGGAGUGCCCCAGUCCUGCUGGCUGGUGCUCACAGCACCUGGAGAACAAAGCAGCUUACAGGAAACAGGGGGGCAGCUUCUCACCAGGAAAAGAAAUCUGCAUGAAACUGUCCUUAGUAAAUAAUGCCAUUAGCCCCAGCAAAAAUAAAUAACUAGAUCCGUUCAAUGCUACAGCUGGGAGAGCCUGAAGGAGAUUUAUUCCUGGAAAUCUGUGGUAUACUUAGAAGAUGCAAUAGUGAUACACAGUAAUAAUGAAAAUAAAGGUUUCUAUACCCAAAUAAAAUUCCAUCUAUCUACUUAUCAUUAGAUUACUCUCUGGUCUUGUAAAGCCACUUUCUGUGCUAAGUUGCCACCGAUUCUUCGAUUUGAUUUUGUGUAUUAAAGGCAUUCCAGUAUGGGACUGGCAUACUUGGAAAAAACCACGUACUUCUAUUUAGGAGUUAAAAUACAUUUGCUUUCUGUUUUCUCCAUGGAGCACAAGCAUAGUCUGCGUGGGUACUACGUGACUGACUCGGUAUCCUAAUAAUGGUUUAAAACGCGUUAACUGCAGCACAACUUUGUAAAAUUGACAUUUCUGUAGUACAGCACUCCCAAAUAAAACAUACUGCACUAUAUUUUUACAAUAUCUUUUGUGGAAAAUAUUUUCUUGUGGACCAAAUAAAAUUAAAGUGACCAUUC